AUGAUGACAUCAUCGGACUCCCCCCCUCUGGUCUCCCCCUCCCCGUGCCCCGCCCCCCCUCCAUCCCUCCCCUCCUCCCCGGUGCCCUCCUCCCCCGCCCCCUCCUCCUCCUCCCUCCCCGCCCCCCCCUCGCUGCCCCCCACGGGGGAGGUGAUGGUGCUGGCUCUGGGCAGGAAGAAGCAGAGGGUCCUCAUAGCGCUGUCCGUCCUGCCGAGCCUCUUCCUGGCGUUCCUGCUGUCCUCCGACCCCCUGAUCACCCUGUCCCCCCCCCACCACUGCCACCUGCCGGGCCCCUCCCCCUCCCCCGAGGUGCUGAACGCCUCCCUGCCGUGGGAGAAGGGGGGGCGUCCCGGCGAGGGGGGGGGCCUGUCCCAGUGCCAGCAGUACGCUAACGGCAGCCAGGCGGUGGUGGUGGGCUGCCAGGCCGGCUGGGACUACAACGUGACGGAGGGGCUGAAGAACAACAUCGUGACUGAGUGGGAUCUGGUGUGUGGUCAGUACUGGCUGGUCCCAGUGGAGGAGGUGUGUUUCAUCCUGGGAGUCCUGACUGGCUGUCUGGGCCUGGGCUAUGCUGCUGACAGGCUGGGCAGGUCCAAGGCUCUGCUGACCUCUCUGACGCUGUCGGUGGUGUUCGGGGUGCUGGUGUGUGUCUCCCCCUACCCCUCCAUCUUCAUCGUCAUGCGUUUCUGUCUGGCGGCAGCUAGUGCGGGAGUCUACCUCACUCUAUACAUCACCCGUCUGGAGCUGUGUGAACCUUCUCUGAGGCUGGUGGUGACCAUGCUGGCGGGGCUGAUGACGGUGGCAGGAGAGCUGCUGCUGCUGGCGGUGGCCCUCGGCUGCCAGUCCUGGAGGGGCCUGCUGGGGGCCGGCGCCGCCCCGCUGACACUCUUCCUCAGUUAUGGCAUUCCUGGAGUGUUCCCUGAAUCUCCUCGCUGGCUGCUUCUGUCAGAGAGAUCUGCAGACAUGAACGCCUUCACCGAGAGGAGAAACUCCAACAGAGACGUGAGGGACGACGAGAGCUUCACAGAGCUGGACUCGGAGCCGGCCGCCUCCUCCCGCCCCCACCUGUCCUUCCCUGAGCUCUUCCACAGCAGGAACAUCUGGAAGAACAUGUGUGUGCUCGGCUUCACCUCGUUCAUCUCUCACGGCAUCAGUCACUGUUACAGCUCUUUCCGAGGUGACGUCAGAGGCACCGCCCCCAGCUUCUACUGGACCUACCUGCUGUCUGUGUGUGCAGGGGGCGGAGCCUGGCUGUUGCUCUGGGCAACCGUAGACAGGUGCGGUCGCCGUGGCAUCCUGCUCCUCUCCAUGACCAUGACGGGGCUGGCGUCUUUGAUCCUCCUGGGACUCAUGGAGUAUCUCAGUGAGACGGCCAUCACGGUUUUCUCAGUGCUGGGUCUCUUCUCCUCCCAGGCCACCGCCUCCCUCUGCAUCCUCUUCACUGCAGAGAUCAUGCCCACCAUCAUCAGGGGCAGUGGGGUGGGGGCGGUGCUGGCUCUGGGCUGUGUUGGCCGCCUCAGCUCGCCCCUCAUGGACCUGAGGAACCACUACGGCUACUUCCUGCACCACGUGGUCUACUCCUCUCUGGCCCUGCUGGCCGUUCUCUCCAUCCUGCUGCUGCCGGAGAGCAAGAGGAAGCCGCUGCCCCAGACGCUGGUGGACGGGGAGCAGUACCGGCGCCCCCCGCUGGGCAGGAGGAGGAGGGACAAUGUGCCGCUGCUGGCCACGCCCAACCCAGAGACCUAACGGAGACCUAACGGAGCCCUAACGGAGCCCAGAGAGAGUCGAAGGACUGGGAUCAGAUCAGCCACUCCGCAGCCUGGAGAGUCCAUCCAUCAUGUUCCUGCUCUGGGAGAGAGAGAGACGAGCUGCUGAUGAAGAAGCUCUCAGCUUCCUCACAUAUCAUCCUCCAGUCAUUCCAAACGCAGGAGCUACCAUUUCUCUUCACCAUUCUCUAUUUCCUGCCAUUCAGAUGUGUGUAUUGAGUCACCUGUAGGAAGUCUUCACCUCCUCCUGACCAGGCGGCAGGUGAUCCUCCACCACCAGCAUUCCUGCUGCACGCCGUCCUGCCGCUCGCUGUGGUAGAAGAUGUUAGCUGCUUCCUACUGACAUCCAGACCCGUCGAGGCUCAGAGAGUCGUUGCUAACUAUUCCUAGCGUUCAACUUAACCUGCGUAGAACGUUUUCUGUCGUGUUUGCUGUGUACGACAACACUAGAAGUGCUCAGAGGUGUGCAAAGUCAGCUUUGUAUACUUUUUCUCUUGUGGUUAACCCUCCCAUAGACCACAUGUUGUAACUCCAUGGAGUGUGGGUGCCUUGUAAAUACUUUAGACUCUAGUUUCUUUAACUUUUUGGGGGCAUCUGAGUUUUGCUGAAGCAGACCCUGUGGCUGGAAACUGUCCAGUACAGUUGCUCUAUGCAGUGGGGAGCAGUGCAGGGCAUUUUUAAAGAUGAUGGUUAAUUUGACCAACAUCAUCAAAUUUAAGGGACAGUUAUAUGAGCGGAAAUUAUCAAUAUUGGGAUCAGAGGCUAAAAACAAAACAAAAGGCCUCCAAAUAGAAAUGUAUUCAUUUUUGAAUCCAGUUGGUGGAUCUGGCCUGGAGCCAGCCAUAUUUAUGUUAUUUAUGUUUAUUAAUCAGUAAAUUAUCCAGAGGCCUAGCAUUUUUAAGUAUUAAGCUAAAUAUUGUUAAAUUGGGUUAAGAUGACUGAUGGAAUAUCAGUGAAGCUGUAAACUGUCACAACAUUCCUAUCUGCAUGUUUGGAAGUAUGAAGGGCUUGUUUUUCUCUAUUUCCUCAGAAGCUUAUAGUUACUCAAUACCUCUAGAUGACAGUCUCCGCUGGAACAGACGGAAGCAACAGUAGAAGUUAAACGCUGACUCGUAUAACCAGGCACAUAUAGUUUUCGUCAGCACUUACAUGUGGAAAGAGGUGAUCUGUCGUUUAAGCUGAAUGUCUCUUGAUGCUGGAGGAAGGGCCCCUGAUGAGGCUCCAUGCUGUUAGAAUGGGAGCUGAAGAGGCCCCAGAGAUCCAAAUUAACCCCGACUUCCUCCAACACGCACCAGGAUCUGUUUCUUCAUGGCUUCUUUAUUGUCAGUGAUGCCAUGUUGCAUUUGAUUAAAUCAUGAUGGAGAAUUACCAAAGCAUGUCUUGUUUGUCCCAGUGUAUGUCUGUGUGCUUGAGUUCCCGUUGGUGCGUGAUAUUAAAAGGAGGCGGGAUGUUUAAUUUGGACUCUGACGUGGAGGAUUCACUGUUAUGAAGGACUCUUUGCUGAUGGCUUCUUCCUCCGUCAGCCUUUGGUACUUUUUAUUUCCCUCUGUAUGUUGCACUCAACAAGUCCUAACACUUAUAAACUGAUGAUUAUUAUCACUAUGAUUAACUUGGCUUGAGUAGUAUUAUGUCUGACAACACUGAUGAUUUGUCCAAUGAUGAGUGUGAUGCAGUUAACUCUAUAGCCUGAUUUAAUGUAAAAUAAAACUGGUUAAAUAAA